ACAAGGCUGGGCAGCUUUUGGAAUGCCCAGGACCAUUUGCAACAUUCUGAGCCUGCUUUCAGCUCUUGCAGGCUCAGGACACAACAGUCACCAGAAUCAGUUCAUUCUUCUCCAGGAUGUGCUGAUCUGAAUAUGCUAGAAUACUCCAAAAUUUUGUAUUUACCCCAGACUGGCACUAUUGUUACCUUACUGAAACCUGUGUAGCUCUUGAUUUUUUUUUAUCUUGCCUAUUUUGACAUUAGUCUUGGAAAUUGUAAAAGAAAUCUUCCAUCCAAUUCUCAUUUGCAGUGAGUCCAUUAAGACAGAGUCCCCAAAUAAACUGAAAUGUUUUUUCCCAGGUUUCUUGAUAUCUGGGUUAAGUUUAUGACACAAACUGCCAAGGGACUCACAUUCGGUCUUGUGAUUCUUUAUGUCCAGUCACCUUUCCCUUGUUUUGUCAGCCUCCCCAUAAUCUCGUACCAUGACAGUGAACCUUAUAACACUAAUGGGGAUGUGGAUUGCAUGGCUGAGUAUGCUAGUUGGCAUGGAGGUCAAAGCUUAUUUCAAUAUGGUAUUUUACAAAAUGAUUUAUUUAAUUGAAUAGCUUUUUCUCAGAGUAUCAUAAAAGAGCUAAAACUUGAUUUGCUAUGCUUUUAAAUUACAAACAUUUGGAUAUCCAUUUCUUUAGUAGUGUGCCUGCUGAGUAAAUAUUUUCUGAAAGCAAUUUUGACAAAUAAGAAUUUCUCACCAUCAGGCAGGUAGGAAUAAAAGAAUAUACAGUUGAGAUGAAAGUACAUUAAAGUCAACAGAGGAUGGAUAAGAUCUCAUAGCUCAUCUAUGUAAUUUAUUUAAUCAAGUUCUGCCCUUUCUUUUACUAAUUUAAAAUAAUUAUUUGUUUAAACUAUGGGAAGCAUUUCUGCUUCAUUGCAGAAAUAUGUGUAAUUAGUUAAUAUUUACACAAACAUUAAUCAAAGUUGUGCCUCCAGCAAUUUGUCUUCAGCAUCACUCCAUCUUUGUGUUAGCAGUUUGUACUCUUUUCAAACUAUCUGUCAGUGUCCUUACCAACCCCUGGUUCGACGGCAAGAUGACUGGCAAACAUUGGAACAGUCUGACCAGCAUUUAAUCACAGCAAACAAAGUUAGCUCUAUCCCCCACCCAUCUAGCCAGCAUCCAGUGGCUAAUGUUAAGAACAGAGACGCAGGCCUCUGGCUCUCUUCUCUGUUCGACUGUUCAGUUCGCAUUGCCAGGUGACACUCCUGAGUCAAUCAGCUGCUUGUCAGACACACAGUUGCUCAGCUGUUCAGCAGCUCCGCCUUUGGAGUUCAGGUAGGACUGCCCCUGGCUUCUCCCUGGGUGUCGUCCUUGGUGCUAGCCUCCACUGGCCUCCUCCCUGUCUCCCCGCUGCCUUCCUCCCGGCGGACAUCUUUGCCACUGUUCUCCUCCCUAGGGCCUUCCCGCACCGAACAGCUGUUUGGCGGCCAAGUCGUGGAACCUCUCGCCAUUCGGCGUCGUCACUGGCCUCCUCCCCGUUUUCUUAAAUGACCAGUGGAGAGUUGCCUUUCCAAUAUGACAUCGGAAGAAGAAGGAAUUACAAAGGGCGUGGCCAGGAAGUGCAAAUUCAGAACAUCAAAGCAUAUGUUUGUCAACCUGCCUGUGAUACAAACAAAGCUGUGAUUUUGGUUCAUGACAUAUUUGGGUGGCAAUUCCCAGACACUAGAUAUGUUGCUGAUAUAAUUGCUUCUAAUGGAUACACAACCAUCUGCCCAGAUUUUUUUCUGGGAAAGGUACCUUGGACACCUAAUGAUCAUUGGCAGAAUUUUGGAGACUGGUUGAAGGAUCGAGAUCCCACAAAAGUGGACAAGACAGUUGAUACGGUCUUGAACUAUUUAAAAGAGCAGUAUAAUGCAAUCACGAUUGGUAUUGUUGGAUUUUCCUGGGGUGGAAUGGCUGUACAUCAUGUGAUGCUAACAAAUCCUGAAUUGAAGGCUGGAGUCUCCCUCUAUGGAAUUAUUAGAGAUUCUGAAACUAGAUAUAAUUUACUGAAUCCUACUUUUUUCAUUUUUGGCGAGAAAGAUCACACCAUUUCUCUUGAACAGAUCUCUUUGCUGGAGAAAAAACUUACAGAAUAUUGUACAGUAAAUUAUAAAAUUAAAGUAUAUCCUGGACAAGUUCAUGGUUUUGCCCAGUGUAAGCCUGAAGACAUGAAGCCUAAAGAUGUGCCGUAUGCUGAAGAAGCAAGAAUGGAUUUAAUACAAUGGUUGAACAGUUACAUUAUAUAUUAAAGCAAUAUAUCCCAUAUUCCACAACUUCCACAACAAAAUGUCCUUUAUUUGUUUCAAAAAAAGUUAUUGUAAAGAUUGUAGGGAUGCCUAUUAGAAUCUGAAGAAAGGAAAAUGCAUUUGAAAGAUAUGGCAAUAAUAACCAUUAAUAGAUUCAUUAUCAUAUUACUCCAUUACUCCUAUGAAAAAUUAUAUAUACUUGAAGAUCUUUCCUACGUUAUAUACUGUAUUAUUUUUGUGGAAAAAUAUUGAGUAUUCAGCAUUUAUACACUUAGCUUUAGGUCUUAUUCUAUUACCAUUAUAAUAUCUGAGCUGCAAAUAUUCGAUUUUCUCUAUGUCUUUGCUUGUGCUCCUUGAAGACAUACACUUUGUCCUUAUAAUCUUUCUUCCCUAAGUCCUGCUUUGUGGUAGUUAAUCAAUGAUAUCAGAAAUAUAAUUAUUUAUCCUUGAUGCAAUAUAAAGCAUUGCAUUCAAAGUUGGAGUCCAUCUCAGAUUAAAGUUUGUUUAAUUCCAAGGCAAUAUGAUUCGAUAAAUAAUACAAUCUUUUUUGAAGAUGGAGGAGACAAUUUUUUUAAAAAGGUGCAAAGUAAAAAAUAAGCACUAUUUAAAAAAAACACCAAAGGGAUGUUUGUAAUUUUCGCUCUCUCCAAAUAAUGGAAAGCUGAGAGUUUUAAAACUAAAUUAGGAACACUUGAGCUGGUGAUAUAAUUUGACCUAAAGCUUAAAUAAUAUACUGUUUAUCCAAGUAAAAAUUAUUUUCUCACACUGA